AUGGCAUCGACAAGACCUGCAAUUGGGCGAAGAUGCGGGAACAUCCGCUUCACAAUGCCUAUCUCCGCUGCUCGCCGCUACUGUUACAAACCUUCAACCACGCGAAACGCUGGAAUUUUUACUUAUACCUCUGACCAUUCCUUCAUCAUAGACCGAGAUGGAUGUUUCCAUUCUCAGGGAUUAGAUGCCCAGACCUCAGGCCAGCCUCCUGCUGUUGCGAUGGAGGCGCGCGACAUUUUCUUGUACGUAGCGAGUGAUGAUAUAUUUGGAGACAAAUGUGCUGAUAUGGCUAGCUUGAAAUUUUGCAAGAGUUUCCUCGAGGGAGUCGCGACACCGCCGCCUACCGAUACUGAGCUGAUUCCAGAGAAUGGGAAGCCCGCAACACAAUAUCCGCUCGUGUGCCUUGGCCACGCCAUUCUUCAUUCACAUUCACAUACGUGUGAAAGCUCUCAUCAUCAGCUGUUUCAUCGACCAGACUUCUUCAAUGAAGUAAAGUACAGCACGUCCUCACCCAGCUCAGAUCAGCUCGCCAUGGCGACUUCUACUACGCUCGUCGAUAGAUUUCGCGAAGAACUUGAGCAAAUCUGCCGUCUCGAACCCCAUACGCUGAAUCCAGUCACCCCAUGGCUACUCCAUUCACAGCUGGUAUUUCGAGUGCCUCCUGAAGAGAUGGGAACGCUCUGCGACUCUUUCCGACUCUGCACCUCUGUCGGACCUCAUUCAUGGCCAUUGGGUCGAAGAGAAUGGAGUGCACGUACUCAUGGGCCUGGAGAUCUGGCAGAGCACACGCGCUGGCCGAUCCGCCGGCUCUCGCGUUAUGUCUCUGGCCAACAACGACCCAAGGCAAUCGGCCAAGCGACUUCAGCACCUCAGACUCAGCGCUUCGACGGAGAUAGAACCCAGUGCAGGAGCUCCGACUCCCUAAGCGAUACUGGACUAUAG